AUGUCAUCUGCCCUCCCUCCCGACCAGGAGCCGCUGCUCGGUGCUUCAAGCUCGAAGAAGGGUGCCGCUCGCCAGUCCGAGGACCUUGUCAUCGGCUCGAGUUCGGCGGCGCGCAAUGCGUGGAUGGACCAGCCGCCCGACGACGACAUUCCCGACGACUUCAAGGUCGGCGUUACCGUUGCCGACUGUGACGAGGCGAUCCGCCGCGCUUUCCUCCGCAAGGUGUACGCGAUCCUGCUCUGCCAGGUCGGCCUCACUGCCCUCACCGCGGCCGUGCUCAUGAUCCCGGAGGCCGCAGACUUCAUCCACCAGCACUCGUGGAUCAUCUGGACGGCCAUGAUCGGCACGUUCGUCUCUCUCGGCCUCACGUACUGGAAGCGUCACUCGUUCCCGGCCAACAUGUUCUGUCUCGCUCUGUUCACCCUCUGCGAAAGCAUCAUGAUCGGCUCGGCUGUCUCCUACUACGACACGUUCGUCGUCCUCCAGGCACUCCUCAUCACGAGUGGCGUCUUUGUCGGCCUCACCCUCUUCACGUUCCAAACCAAGUACGACUUCUCCUCGUUCGGCCCCUUCCUCUUCGCUGGCCUCUGGGGUCUCAUCACAGCCGGAUUCGUCGGUUUCUUCCUCCCCUUCAGCCACGGAUUCGACAUCGCCAUCGCGUGUGCUGGCGUCCUCAUCUUCUCCGGCUAUAUUCUCUACGACACGCAACAGAUCAUGAAGCGUCUCAGCGUUGACGAGGCCAUCCUCGGCUCCCUCACCCUCUACCUCGACUUCAUCAACCUCUUCCUCUACGUCCUGCGUCUUCUCAACUCGCAGAACGACAACAACUAA